GAGUCACUCAGCACCACCUCAGUACGUGUCAGACCGUCGCCGGGUGAGCACGCGUUUCACAAUCGCCCGCCCGCCGCCGCGUAAAUUAUUAAUCCCCGACCGAAAUACGAAGGCAACCGAAAUUAAUUACGAACAACGGCCGAUCGAUGAGUCUUUAAAUUUUUCCCCCGGUGUGGUUUUUAUGUGACUCUGUGGGGAGCCCGGCGCAGAUGGUGGCCCGCUCGGCCCUGGUUUAAAGUGCUGCCGACCAAGUUUCGGAAGUGUACGCGUGUGGAGUACUUUGGGCGGGCGUCGUGACUUUUAUAUUUCGCCGAGAAACGAUAUGGCAUGAGCGGUGGGGUGGGCGCGACAUGCGGCGAGUGCCGCUCGCGCAACACGCCGCCGUCGCUCUAGCGCUCUCGCUGUUGCUGCGUCUUGUUAACGCCGGUUCAAUGGGACCCGGUGUGCCGGAAAAUAUAACGGUGACCUUCCUCAAUCCGACAACCGUGAAGGUAUCUUGGUCCACAACGGCGGACCUCGUGGAAAAAUAUGAUGUCACAUACAAGCCUUCAGACGCCAGUUACAGAGUGGUGCUGGAGGUGGCGGGUAACUCGGAUGCAGUUAUACUGAGUGGGUUGGAAGCUGACACCCAGUAUCAAGUCACUGUGGCCGCUCUCUGGGGUGGUCACAAAUAUAGAAGCAGACCUAUUGUCUUCCGCACACUGGAGCCACCACGGACGUCACCACAGCAGGAUGGGGGGCUGGUGGGGGCCACUCCGCGCUCCUCCGUGGCCCCGCCUGACCCGUCGCCCACCUUCCCUACGAUACGUGGUGUGGAAAUCGGCAUCGUAGUUAUGGUACUUCUAGUGUGGAUUGGUGCGAUAGCGUUAUUCUUUAACCGCUGGGGCAAGAUACGGAUGCUCUUGCCAUAUCAGCCUGACUACAAACAGGAACAGUUGAAGGUGCCAGGAAGCAGUGCUUUGGCGGCAGCAGCAGCCGGUGGCACUUGCGGAGCACAUUCGGCACCUUCAGCUUGUUCGCACAUGCGCUGGUCACACACGCACACACAAAGCUUGGAGUGCGAGGAACGACUCCUAGCCAGGUGCAAUAGGCCUCGGGUCAACUCAGCAAUAUUCGUGUCAGCCGAACCUACGGGAUUCGCUGCCUUCGAUGCAGGAGAGUUCUUAAGACGACACGGUUCCCAGUCUAAAUUAUGCCGCAAGGCCAGAUCGGCAGAUAAUAUACCCCUUACCUCAAUGAGCGAUUCAUCUGAACGUCUUUGUAAAAUCAAACCAAGAGAGGAGACUAUAAACGAAGAAGCAAGCAAAUCAGAUGAUAGCAGUAGUGUUGAAACAGUGAAACAUUUCGGUCUGCCAAUACUGUCUAUCUCUGGCCCGUCACCUCCCGAUGAAGACUACGAUCAAAUAGAUGAGUAUCUGUAGCAUUUCCAUACUGGUUUCCAGCUCAAAUAUGUGCUGGAAAAAAUGCGGCCUCCUUGGCCCAGUCCUGCACAAAGUCCCUAAACUGACAAUCAGAUUUGUCUCAAUCGAACUACUACGGAUUACUAGGAUUAUUCUAUCUUGUGAUAUGGUGUACUUUUAGUGAAGUGUGUGUUUAUCGAUUCUUGGAUUUGGCAGCAUUCAACGAAUAUUCGAGACUUUCGCCUAGAAUUCUUGUCUGUAGCUAUUUAAUGCGUGUCUUGUUGAGGGACCAUAGCCUUUACAGUAUGGUGUUUCUUUCAACGUUUCUAAGCAUUGAUAUUUUUGUAACUAUAAUAUCCUCUUGUGUCUUUAUGAGUGUCUAAAUUACGGUUAAAUUGAAAAGUUAGAUUUUUAAUAUUCACCUAAUUGUAAUUAAGGAUUGCACAAUAAAUUUACUAUCUUUAAUGACGUCUAUAUUAACAGUGCCACUAUUAAUUACUUUAAGAAAACGUGAUGUGUGUAAUUAUAUUCUUUAAGGCAUGUUUAAGUACCUUAUAUAACAAAAUAUUUGUAUAUAAAUAUUACAAUGGGAUGUCUUAGACGUCAAAACUCAAUUUAGUUUAUGACUGUGUGAGAAUAUCUAUAUUUAUAAGAGUAGUUGCUAUUAUUAAAACUUUUAUAUUGCUUAGUAAAUAAAUCGCAACUUGUAUCAUCUUAAGAAAUUAGUAAAUAUCCUGACUGACAUGAAUUUUUCAACGUUCUAGUGUUAAAAAAUGAUUUGUAGAUUAGAUUAGUAUUAUUGGAAAUUGAUUAUAAAUACAAUAACAUCAUCACAGAAACGUUGAAUAAGUUAUGUUUUGAAAUCAGGCUUGUAGUAAUAAAUCUAUGAAAGACGUGAAGGUUGAAUUUUGGUCCAAUGAUAAUUAUGUAUUAUCUGCACAUGGUGUUUUAGGAAAUAAGAAUCAGUAUUGACUUGUUACUGAAAAGGUUGGUUUUGAGGGAAAGCUACAUAGUAAUCAAUGAUUCAUUUGAAUUAAAAAUAAUAGAUACCUUUGUAAAAAAUAUGAUUAUUUUCUCACGUGACUCUUUUGAAUGCAGUUUAUAAACAAAAUAUUAAAGAUUUAUACUGUCAAUUAAAAAAAUCGGCAUUAUUUAAAGUAUAUUUUGAUUUGUAUUUAUAUAUAACUAAAUCUAAGAAUGGCACUAGAAUUAAUAACACAAGUAUAUAUAGAUAUUGUAGAGAUGGAUUUUCAAUUACUCUCAUCUGUACUGGUGCUUGGGGACCAGAAGGACAAAUACAUGUCAAAGUAGGCCUUAAAUCCAAGUCGUGCGGUAUUUCAAAACUUAUUGGUGUAAUGAAAUAUACUCGUACAAUACCUAUUUCAGAGCUAAGACUUUGUAAUUCCCUCCAUUUAUAGAUUUAUCCUUCAAUUGUUUUAGAAGAGAGUGUUGCACGUGUACUAGAUUGAUAAUCCUAUAAAGUAUGUAUAAUCUACAAUUUUAGCUUAAUGGAUGCCAAUUGUGGAAACUCUAUCAAUAUUACACAAAGGUGAUUUUUAAUUAACUACCAAAGGGCGCAAUCAUUUGUUUUCACUAGUGUGAAUGAUCAUUAUAAAAUUAGUGAAAAAAAACACUAAUGAAAUUAUUGAUUGUGUUACAGUUUCUUGAAAUGGUUGGAAUGUCUGAAGAAAAGAAAUAUUUUCAGUUCUUUUAUCUUUUGGAUGUUAGUAUUUAAUAACUCGUCCAUUUUCUAUGAAUUAGUUUUAGAUUACUUUUAUUUUUAUUUAUCGGGGUAUAAACACUCAGCGCCAAUAAGUUAUAGAACACUUUUCUACAAGUUUAUGCGCGAAUUAUUAGCUUUUUCAAAUAUUCCUCACGUUCAAAUCCUUCUUUUUCUAUCUUACGAGUGGGAAACGAUCUGCAAACGUCUGUAAUAUUAGAAAAAAGAAACUAAAAAAUCUCGCUUUUUACAAAAUCAUUCGUUUGUUCGUUCAAAAAUGUUUUAUUAAAUGAUUAGUGUGGGUGAAAACAUAAGGCGCCUUCCUCACCGGGCCGGCCGGUGCGGGCUCGUUUCAUUUUCGUUUCCGUGCCGUUCCGUUUCGACACAGAUUCUUUACCGAGUACUAUUUCUUCGUUUUCAGUGCGGUAUCGUUUUGUUUUGUUUGCGACAGUGUCGGGAUGGGAGAGUCGAAUGGUUCGGAAGCACUCGGUACAGAGAGCUCUGUAAAUAUUUUGUAACAAAACUAUUCAGUGAGAAAGAUCUCAUGUUAUUGUGUACACUCGGCAAAGAACCUGUACAGAUUCGGUACAAAAUCGAAAACGAAAAGAGUCCGCACCGACCCGGUGAGGAUGACGCCCAAGAAACAAAUAUUUAGCGCUAAUUUGCAGAAUGUCACAUGUAAAAAAAAUAAUGAAAACUAAACUGCAUUAUUUACUAUAAAAAAUACUUUUUAUCGUAGUUUGUAGAAAAUGUAGACCAUUAUUGACCUUGUAAUAUUCCCAAACAUAAGCGAUGUAACUUUUUUCAUAAAUAUUGUUAAGAUUAGAAUUAGAAAAUAAAAUUAAUUAGUAGAAUUUCCCUCAUGUUUGUCGAACUUGUCUUGUGCCAAGUUUUAAUUAUUGCAACUUCUAAACUGUUACCUGAAAACUAAAUUAUUAUUAAACUAUUUUGUAUGUAUUUGUAAAGUUUCCUAGCAAAUUUUUUGUUACAUACUUUUUUAAUCGCAGAUUUUUUUAAACAGAACAUGCGUAAUUAAAGACUUCUAUUAUUACUGUGCUAGAAAUUAUAUUUGUUUUAUCACCAUAAAAAUAAAAUUAAUUAAGUAUAUUCAUUAUUUAUUUGUCACAUAAAAUUCUUAUCUUAUAUUUGUUAAUAGUGUCAAUCGGCACAAUUACC